UGGUACUCCUGGAGAUACCAGAUCCCAGCUCUGGCAGAUGCAGGGUUUAGAGUGGUUUCUCUGGACAUGAAGGGCUAUGGACAAUCUACAGCUCCACCAGAUAUAGAUGAGUAUUCACAGGAACAGAUCUGCCAGGAUCUUGUGACUUUCAUGGAUAAAAUGGGUAUUCCCCAGGUGACUCUGGUUGGUCAUGAUUGGGGUGGAUCUGUGGUCUGGAACAUGGCCCAGUGUCAUCCAGAGAGAGUCAGAGCGGUAGCUUCCCUGAACACCCCUCUGUUCCCUGUGGACCCCUCCAAGAAUCCUAUGGACUUCCUGAAGACUGUACCCAUCUUUAACUACCAACUCUACUUCCAGGACCCCGGUGUAGCUGAGACUGAGAUGGAGAAAGAUCUGGCAAGGACCUUCAAGAUCUUCUUCCAUGGCAGUGGAGAUGAGGAUAAUGUUCCUACUAUCAACACUGCUGGAGUUUGUGCCAGAGGUGGUCUGUUCGUAGGACUACCAGACGAGAUACCCAGGAGUUCUAUCCUCAGUGAGACUGCUCUGCAGUUCUACAUCACUCAGUUCAAAGACAAGGGAUUCAGAGGGCCGCUGAACUGGUACCGUAAUGUUGUGAGCAACUGGAAAUGGCUUUGCUCCCGACCCAGAGCUAAGCUCUUGAUGCCAGCUCUCAUGGUGACCGCGGGUAAAGAUCCUGUUCUGCUGCCUGUCUUCUCCAGGGGAAUGGAAAACAUGAUCCCCAACCUCACCAGAGGACACAUUGAGGAGUGUGGACACUGGACCCAGAUGGAAAGGCCAUCUGAGCUGAACACCAUUCUGAUCUCAUGGCUGAAGGACACUCACAGCAACAUGGGGGUUGCCGUGACACCCAAGCUGUGAUCAGUUACCAUGACUGGCCACUCCUCGGAGCCUGGUUCCUCUCUAGGUUUCUUCCUUGGUUCUUGCAGGUUGACGUUUAUUGGGAUGAGUCUAGUCCUGGAGGCAGAACUGAGCCAUUUGCACGAGAUGGGCCAGCUGCAAAAUCCAAAUAGGCUAUAUAAAAAAAAUAUAUAUAUAUAUAUAUAUAUAUAUAUAUAUACUGAACAAAAAUAUAAAUGUGACAUCUAACAAUUUCAAAGAGUUAUAGUUCAAAUAAGGAAAUCAGUCAAUUUAAAUACUUUUAUUAGGCCCUAAUGUAUGGAUUUCACAUGACUGGGCAGGGUCGUAGGCCCACCCACUGGGGAGCCAGGCCCAGCCAAUCAGAAUGACUUUUUCCCCCCACAAAAGGGCUUUAUUACAGACAGAAAUACUCCUCAGUUUCAUCAGCUGUCCAGGGGUGGCUUGUCUCGGACGAUCCCACAGAUGAAGAAGCCGGAUGUGGAGGUCUUGGGCUGGCAUGGUUACACAUGGUCUGCGGUUGUGAGGCCGGAUGUCCUGCCAAAUUCUCUAAAACGAUGUUGGAGGCGGCUUUGGUAGAGAAAUGAACAUUCAAUUAUCUGGCAACAGCUCUGGUGGACAUUCCUAUAGUUUGCAUGUUAAUUUCACAUUCACUCAAAAUUUGAGACAUCUGUGGCAUAGUUUUGUGACAAAACGGCACAUUUUAGAGUGGCUUUUUAUUGUCCCCAGCACAAGGUGCACCUGUGUAUUUAUCAUACUGUUUAAUCAGCUUUUUGAUAUGCUACACCUGUCAGGUGGAUGGAUUAUCUUGGCAACGGAGAAAUGCUGACUAACAGGGAUGUAAACAAAUUUGUGGACAAAAUUUAAGAGAAAUGUGUUGUUUUUUUUGCGUAGGGAACAUUUCUGAGAUCUUUUAUUUAAGCUCAUGAAACAUGGGACCAACACUUCAUAUUUUUGUUCAGUAUAUAAUUGAACGUUGGGCAUAAGGUUAACAGUGUGCUUAAGGUUAGGUUCUAUAACAUUGUGACUGUGCCAGCUAGUGACCACCCUGCAGAGCUGCCUCCAGAACACGAGUCAUCCCAAUAAAUGCUAACUUUCCUUCUUGAGAGGUUUUUCAACUAUGCUUCUGCCUCAACAUUGCUUGCUCUGUGUUAGCCUGGACAUCUGCAAAGCACUUGGUGACAACUGCUGAUGUAAAAAGGGCUUUAUAAAAUACAUUUGAUUGAUUGACAAUUUA